AAUGUAGUACAAAUAUAGAUAUACACAUGUAUAUCAGCUAUCAGCUAAUUUUUGAUAAAGUUCUUAGACCAUUCAUGGACAUAACAUUUUCAACAAAUGCUUCUGAAACAAUUAGAUAUCCCAGUAUAGAUUUGUGUGUAUGUGUGAAGCUCAAUACUUCACACCAGAGAGGUAUGAGUGUGCAUUACAAAAGAGAACUGGGAAGCUUUGAGAGUAUUGGAUAUGCUCAUUGUCCCCUUCAUGGUGAUUGUUUAAUGGGCACAUGUACAUAUCAAAUUCAUCUCAUUUACACUUUAAAUAUUGGAAGUGUGUUUUAUGUUCGUUAGACAUGAAUAAAGCUGCAAAAUGUUAUCAAAAUAUUCACUUACUAUGCUUUUAUUCAUUUUCCUCUCUCUAUAAACCUUCAGAUAGAAAAUGCAGUUGAAAGAUAUUUCAUAAAGGAAGAAAAGUAUGAAUACAGCUUUAACCGUUUAUUUUGGUGGAGUCUUUAAGACUUUUUCUACCUUGAGUGCGCCAGGCGCGGGAAGCCUAGGACCUGGAACGAGAGCCGCCUACCUGCAGCCGCCGGCCACGGCACGGCAGCCACCAUGGCGCUCCUGCUGCGCUUCGUGCUCCUGUGCGGAGUCGCGGAUUUCAUCAGAGGUUGGAGUAUCACUACUCCUGAGCAGAUGAUUGAAAAAGCCAAAGGGGAAACUGCCUAUCUGCCAUGCAAAUUUACGCUUAGUCCUGAAGACCAGGGACCACUGGACAUCGAGUGGCUGAUAUCACCAGCUGAUAAUCAGAAGGUGGAUCAAGUGAUUAUUUUAUAUUCUGGAGACAAAAUUUAUGAUGACUACUAUCCAGAUCUGAAAGGCCGAGUACAUUUUAAGAGUAAUGAUCUCAAAUCUGGUGAUGCAUCAAUAAAUGUAACGAAUUUUCAGCUGUCAGAUAUUGGCACAGAUCAGUGCAAAGUGAAAAGAGCUCCUGGUGUUGCAAAUAGGAAGAUUCAGCUGGUAGUUCUUGGUAAGCCUUCAGGUACAAGAUGUUACGUUGAUGGAUCAGAAGAAAUUGGAAGUGACUUUAAAUUAAAAUGUGAACCAAAAGAAGGUUCACUUCCAUUACAGUAUGAGUGGCAAAAAUUGUCUGACUCACAGAAAAUGCCCACUUUAUGGUUAGCAGAAAUGACUUCAUCUGUUAUAUGUAAAAAUGCUUCUUCUGAGUACUCUGGGACAUACAGCUGUAUCAGAAACAGAGUGGGCUCUGAUCAGUGCCUGUUGCGUGUAAACGUUGUCCCUCCUUCAAAUAAAGCUGGACUAAUUGCAGGAGCCAUUAUAGGAACUUUGCUUGCUCUAGUGCUCAUUGGUCUUAUCAUCUUUUGCUGUCGUAAAAAGCGCAGAGAAGAAAAAUAUGAAAAGGAAGUUCAUCACGAUAUCAAGGAAGAUGUGCCGCCUCCAAAGAGCCGUACGUCCACUGCCAGAAGCUACAUAGGCAGUAAUCAUUCAUCCCUGGGAUCCAUAUCUCCUUCCAACAUGGAAGGAUAUUCCAAGACUCAGUAUAAACGAGUACCAAGUGAAGACUUUGAACGCACUCCUCAGAGUCCGACUCUCCCACCUGCUAAGGUAGCUGCCCCUAAUCUAAGUCGAAUGGGCGCAAUUCCUGUGAUGAUUCCCGCACAGAGCAAGGAUGGGUCUAUAGUAUAGAGCCUCCAUACGUCUCAUCUGUGCUCUCCGUGUUCCUUUCCUUUUUUUUGAUAUAUGAAAACCUAUUCUGGUCUAAAUUUUGUUACUAGCCUCAAAAUGUAUCAAAAAAUAAGUUAAUCAGGAGCUGUAAGGAAUAUAUUUUUAAAAAUUUUUGUUUGGUUAUAUCGAAAUAGUUACGGGCAUUAAAGUUAGUAAAGACAAGUUUACCAUCUGAAAAGGCUGGAUUUUCUUUAAGAGGCUGAUUAUAAAGGUUUCUAAAUGUUAUCAGUACCUAAGUAAGAUGUAGCACUUUGAGUAUGAAAUCACAGGUGAAGAAAUCAGUGAACUUACUUGCAUACCAAGUUGAUACUUGAGCAACCAUCUGAAAGUGGUACUUGAUAAUUUUUACCAUUAUUUUUAGGAUGUGUAUCUCAUUUAUUUAUGGCCCACAAGUCUCCCCCAAAUUAGUACAGAAACAUCCCUGACAAAAUUACUUAUGUAGGUUUGUACUUGUUUUCACAGCUCCUUGGAAAACUGUGUUAGGAAUAUCUCUAAAACAUAGAAAACACUACAGUGGUUUAGAAAUUACUAAUUUUACUUCUAAGUCAUUCAUAAACCUUGCCUAUGAAAUGACUUCUUAAAUAUUUAGUUGAUAGACUGCUACAGGUAAUAGGGACUUAGCAAGCUCUUUUAUAUGCUAAAGUAGCAUCUAUCAGAUUAAGUUAGAACAUUUGCUGUCUGCCACAUAUUGAGAUGACACUAGGUGCAAUAGCAGGGAUAGAUUUUGUUGGUGAGUGGUCUCAUGCCUUGAGAUCUGUGGUGGUGUUUAAAAUGGUGGCCAGCCAGACCAAGGAUGUAGUAUCUCAUAGUCCCCAACUAAAUGCUGGCUUUCCACUUUAGGUGAUAUUUUUCUUAUUACAAAAAUAUUAUAACUCAUUUAUUGUUUGACAAUUAUAGAUUGAAAUUUCCUAAUUCUAAAUUUUAAGUGGUUCUUCAGUUUCAGUGCUUUAUGUUGUUUGUUGUUGGUUUGGCAUGGCAUUACAUAUUAUAUGUUCUAGAAACAUGUAAUGCUAAAUUUACCCUCUUGAAUAUGAUCCCUGGAUGAUAUUUUUAUCAUAAAUGCAGAAUAAUCAAAUAUAUUUUAAGCAAGUAAGUGUCCUCCAUCAAUUCUGUAUUCCAGACGUGGGAGGAUGUACAGUUGCUGUUGUGUGAUCAAGCAUGUCUCUGUGUAGUUCCAGCAAAUCAAGCUGAGCUUUGAAAAAGUUUGAGUCUUAGUUUUGUGAAAGUGGUUUAUUCUCAAAAAAAAAAAAAAGAAAAAGAAAAAGAAAAAAAGAUAAGAAGAAGGAGUAAAGGGACUACUCCUCCUUGCCAAAUGUGCUAAAUAUCAUUUUAGGAGAAGAAAGUGGAUUUAUUGUAUUUCCCCCUAAGAUUGUGAGUGAGUGUGGAUACAGUAGAAUGAGCCAACAGUUUCUUUAUAAUAAAUACGGUCUGCAAUAAAUUAUUUCACUAGCUGUAAAACCUUUCCCUAGAUUUUAGUAGGGAGUUGGUUUCUGUUAAUAUCUUUGGGUGCUGUGGUGGUAAAUGCUACAUUAUAAACAGUGGCAUGUAUUUACAGUUAGAGUAUCAUGUGUGCACUUUUUAAUGGUAAACUUAAGCUGAAUGUGUAAUGGAUUUGUCUAUAGUUUUAUAUAUUUGGAAGCAUUUUAAAAUAGGUUUUAAUCUUACAUAAAAUUACUUUUAUACUUGUGUUAACAUUUUCUUCUGUGCCUUUUGGGUAAUUUAAUUUCUGUUAUGAAUUUCUGGUGCCUAUGAGCUAGCUAUCACCUACCUGAAAGGUGCUUAGAGGUGAAGGUACUGUUUCUAAAAACACAUCACUGUGACACCUUUCUAUCCUCACAUUUUCAAGCUUGCCUCUUUUCUGUUCUUUGUGGAUAUAACAUAAGUGAUUGUGUUAUUCAUAAAGAUUUAGAAAUUUCAA